AUGGCCCAACAAAACGGCGAACGCCUCCAAGGUGCCUCCCUCGCCAAAGACCUCUUCGAAGACAUGCACAGCAAAGUCUCCCAAACCACCGGCACCCCCGACGAACCCGAACAAAAAGUCGUCGAAGAGAUCGAAUCGCUCUGCAUGAAUUGUCACGAAGAUGGCAUUACACGACUCCUCCUAACACGCAUCCCCUUCUUCCGCGAAAUCAUCAUCAUGUCCUUCAGCUGUGACAAAUGCGGCUUCCACAACAACGAGAUCCAGUCGGCUGGCGAGAUCCAACCAAAGGGCACCAAGUAUGCGUUCCGAGUGGAGAAGGAAUCGGAUUUGCAGCGGCAGGUGGUGAAGAGCGAUCUUUGUGUUUUUCGCUUGGAGGAUCUGGAUUUGGAAAUACCGGCUGGAAAGGGACAGUUCACGAAUCUGGAGGGCGUGAUUAGUGGUGUGCGGCAAGAUCUUGAGAGCAAUCAAGCAGCGAGAUUAGAGCAGAUGCCAGAGGUUGCUGAGAAGGUGGCGGGGAUCAUACAGUCACUGAAGGAUAUGGCGGAAGCGAAGAAGUUUCCAUUCAUGGUUUCUGCGGACGAUCCGUCGGGGAAUUCGUGGAUAGAGUGGACGCCGGGAGAUGCUGCGGGCAAGUGGGCGAAGAGCGAAUACGAUCGGACGGCACAGCAGAAUGGUAUGCUAGGACUCGGCGACGAUGUACCGCAGCCUGGGCAACACGAUCACGAUCAUGAUCACAGCACAACCGCGCCUGCGACUGAGAUACGACCUGAAUAUCAAGCUCAAGGCCUUGUUGGUGGUGGCGGCGCAGAGACCAACGGUGAGCGAGCAGUGAAUAACGUCGACUCAGAGGACAUCGUCGAGAACCAGGUCUACUCCUUCCCAGCAUCAUGUCCAGGCUGCACACGACCCUGCGCAACAAAUAUGAAAAUGGUCAAUAUUCCCUUCUUCAAGCAAGUCGUUAUCAUGAGCACAGUCUGCGACGACUGCGGCUACCGAUCAAACGAGGUGAAAUCAGGUGGCGAGGUGCCAGAGAAAGGCCGAAGGAUUAUCUUGAGAGUGACUACUAAGGAGGACCUCUCGAGAGAUAUCCUCAAGAGCGAAAGCGCAGCCUUGUCGUGUCCUGAGCUUCAACUACAAGUAGAGCCCGGCACGAUGGGCGGUCGCUUCACCACCGUCGAAGGCAUCCUGACCAAUAUCCGCAAAGAUCUCCGAUCGCAGGCCUUUGGCUUAUCAGACGGCGACGCGGCCAAUGUCCCAGACAGCGACUCCAUGCAAUCCGAAACCAGGCGAUCAUGGGACGACUUCUUCAAUAGCUUGUCCGAAGCCAUCGAUGGCUCGAAGCCUUUUACGCUUGUGCUGGAGGAUCCGCUGGCGAGUAGUUACGUGCAGAGUUUUACUGCGCCGGAGCCGGAUCCGGCGAUUCAGGCGGAGGAUUAUGAGAGGACGGAGGCGGAGAAGGAGGAUUUGGGGUUGAAUGAUAUGAAGACUGAGGGGUAUGAGGAGACGGCUUGA